GUUGGUUAAUCUGGUGCAUGUUUCGUCCAGGAUCAUCACGAUCAUGGAACAUUCGCCGGCGUCGACCGCGAGACGUCGCGGUCAUCAGCAUCAUCCGCGUCACUCGACGCGUAGACGUUUCGAGGUAUCCGGCAGAGGACCCGCGCAGUGUGGCCCUGCCGGUACAACAACAACAACAACAACAACAACAACAACAAUAACAACAACAGCAAACAACAAUAAUCCUAAUAACAAUAACGAUAACAGCAACAACAAUAAUAACAAUGUCCUCGAUGAUGUCUUACAAGAGCAACCAACGUCGUUGGGCUCCCAUUGGUUACGCGAUUCCUUGUCGAGAAGAAUCGAAGCUAAUAAUAAAGAAGAUGUCAAGUCAAAGAAAACAACGACGACAGCAGCAACAUCAACAGCCACCCAGAUGACAACAAUUCCCGAAACAACGAUUGCAAAAACGACCGAUGAGAAAUACGAAAACAAGGAGAAUUUGAACGUCCGACAGAGGCUCGCGCAGUGUAGCCUGGACGUUGAUUUAAUAGAAAAUCGAAACGACGAUAAAAUCGACGACGACUACGACUUUGGUUACGACGAUAAAGACGAGAAGAUAAACGAGAUUGCUCCUAGGAGAAAUAAAGAUUUGAAGGUUUACGAGAAGGGUGGUUUAACUAAGCGGGAAAUUCAAACGCUCGUUUCGCCACGUGCUUGGGACGCGCAGCGUAAUGUCACUGGGAUUAAAGAGGAAAUUAACGAUAAUAUCGAUAAGAUAUUCGACGAGUUUCGUUUGGGAAAGGAAAAUGCGAAUUAUCAGGAAUACGAUCAUUUAGAAACGAAGGAUAAAUAUUUCUUUGAUAUAUACGACGAGCCCGAGCACGCGGUCGCGAGGGCUCGCGGGGAUGGUAAUUCCGACGACGAGUCUACCAACGUCGAGGAAGAUCCCGAAUUAGCCGAAUUGGCAAAAUUAAGGUGUCCAAGCGAAAGGGCCGAAGUACAAGCCGAAAGAGAAGCCAGAAGACGAAAGAGAUGCGCCGAUUAUCCUGGAUUAGCGUUUGGCUGUUCUAUAUUCUCCAGCGACACCAUGAUGAAGUUCAGUCUGAUUAGGAACGAAUUACAAAAUAUCAUGGGCAAUCAGCUGAAACGGGCUGAAUCCGAAGUCGCUGCCCUCAAUCGUCGUAUCCAACUAUUGGAGGAGGAUUUGGAAAGAUCCGAGGAACGUCUUGCUACUGCCACUGCCAAAUUGGCAGAGGCAUCUCAAGCAGCAGACGAAAGCGAACGCGCCCGCAAGAUUCUCGAGAACCGUAGCUUGGCGGAUGAAGAGCGCAUGGACGCCCUUGAAAAUCAGCUGAAGGAGGCGAGGUUCCUAGCCGAAGAAGCCGACAAGAAAUACGAUGAGGUCGCCCGUAAAUUGGCCAUGGUCGAGGCCGAUCUUGAGCGUGCCGAGGAACGCGCCGAGGCAGGAGAGUCCAAAAUCGUUGAACUGGAGGAGGAAUUGCGCGUGGUCGGUAAUAACCUGAAAUCCCUCGAGGUCUCGGAGGAGAAGGCCAACCAGCGCGAGGAGGAAUACAAGAACCAAAUUAAGACCCUUACCACUCGUCUAAAGGAGGCGACGCAGAGAGAGGAGACGUUCGAGGGACAGGUCAAGAUCUUGGAUAGUCAGUUGAAAGAGGCUGAGGCUCGCGCCGAAUUCGCGGAGAGAUCGGUGCAGAAACUCCAGAAGGAGGUCGACAGGCUCGAAGACGUCCUGGUAAACGAGCGCUGUAAGUACAAAGCCAUCGCCGACGAGAUGGAUCAGACGUUCGCCGACCUCGCCGGAUAUUAACGAAUUGGCUGAACGAUUUACGAGCUGGUCUAUUAUUGAAAGUAAAGAAAAUUGAAAAAAGGGGGUUAACAUACACCAUACACACUCGUACAUAUAUAUAUAUAUAUACACACACACACACAAAAGGGAAAAAGGGAAACGAUCAAUGAAAUUGUUAUUCACACUACGAUAAAGAAAAAUGAGACACUGCCAGAGCACGCUGACACUUUUCUGACAUGUCCAAUUAAUUUCAAUUUUGACAUAUGUCGGACUUUGCAAAGAAAUAUAUAUAUAUAUAUAUAUAUAUAUAUAUAUAUAUAUAUAUAUUUAACUCUUAUGAUACAUUCAACUUUUAAAUUCCAUUAUUUUUUUUAAUUUCUUCAAGAAUCACUAUUACUUGAUUAUACGUCAUAAUUUAUUAAAUAAUAAAUAUAUGUAUAUAAGAGUUAAAUGUGUAUAUAUAUAUAUGUAUGUAUGUAUGUAUGUAUGUAUGUAUGUAUGUAUGUGUGUAUAUAUUUAACUCUUAUGAUAUUCCAUUUUUAUAUUCUAUUACUUUGAAAUUCUUUCAAGAAUUAUUUGAUCAUGUAUCAAUGUAAUUUAUUAUGUAACAAAUAUGUUAUAUAUAAGGGUUAAAUAUAUAUAUACAUAUAUAUAUAUAUAUGCUGCACGUAUACUUACGCAUAUUGAAGAAUAAAAGAUCGAGUAAAACAGAAAAAGAAAAGAAAAAAGAGGGAUGAUAUAUAUUGCCUCUUUAAAAACCUUAUAAAAUCAUAUGAGCGUGAAAUUAUGUGCACAAAGCGUAAGCCCGGCUAAUUAAUGAAAUUUGCUUUUUUCUUUUUCUUUUUUUUUUUCCCGAUCCAUCGAUCCUUUAUAAUCAUUAAUCAAAAGUCUCGCGUACGAUCGUGCACAAAUGUCCUGUUCAAUCCUCGAUCUAAUGUUUCUGCCCUUUUUAUCGAUUCUUUCGCGUGUUUCUAUGCUUGUUCAAAGGAAAAUAAAAUGUUUUUAAUAAAAAAAAAAAUAAAAGAAAAAAAAAAAAAAGUCGCUUCGUAGAGUUGGUAAGCUUUUUUUUUUUCAUUAGCCUUCGUAAUAACUAUAACGCGUCGUUCCUAAAUCCGUUGAAAUAAGUUGUUCGUAGCUUUUUUAUAUA